GCGCCUGGCUCCCUUGCGUACAGCCGCUGUGUUGUGAUCACGUGGGCUGCCUGGGGCGCGCGGCUUGUUUUGGUUUUCCUUGGACUUGCCGUGCGUAGCUUCGGUGAGCCACUGUUCUUCCCAGGGUCCACCUCGGUCUGCACCUCGGCUGAUCUUCGGGUUCCCUCGGCCCGUACUCUUACGAGCCCCGCGGGGCGGCGUCCUGUCAUGCCGCUGGUGCGCUACAGGAAGGUGGCCAUCCUGGGGUACCGCUCCGUAGGGAAGACAUCUUUGGCACAUCGAUUUGUGGAAGGCGAGUUCCUGGAAGGCUACGACCCUACAGUGGAGAAUACUUACAGCAAGACAGUGACUCUUGGCAAAGAUGAGUUUCAUCUACAUCUGGUGGACACAGCAGGGCAGGAUGAGUACAGCAUUCUGCCCUACUCGCUCAUCAUUGGGGUCCAUGGUUACAUUCUUGUAUACUCGGUUACCUCUCUGCGCAGCUUCCAGAUCGUUAAGAACCUGUACCAAAAGCUCCACGAAGGCCAUGGUAAAACCCGGCUGCCAGUGCUGCUUGUGGGGAACAAGGCCGAUCUCUCUCCAGAGAGAGAGGUGCAGGCAGUGGAAGGAAAGAAGCUAGCAGAGUCCUGGGGUGCGAUGUUUAUGGAGUCGUCUGCUCGGAAUAACCAGCUAACUCAAGACAUCUUCAUAAAAGUCAUCCAGGAGAUUGCGCGGGUGGAGAAUUCUUAUGGACGACAAGACCGCCGAUGCUAUCUUAUGUGAACUCUUGGCGUGGAAUAACUGCCCUGUUUCUGCCGCAGGCAUUGUCCAGCCCACAGCGGUGGGGCAGACCCUCAGGAUGUAACUGCUGUGAUUGCCAACUAUGUCCCUCGUCCUCUGGGCACACAGUAUGGCACUCUCUUUUUUGCACACUUGUCCCAGGUUCUGGUAGCCUGGAUGUUAAUGUUUACAAAGGGGCAAGAUGUCUCAGGGACCCUGGCUUCUAACUCCUUGGUUUUCUAAACGAAUUUUUACAGUCUGUACAGUUGGGCUAUGAGUCUUGGGCAUUGAUUACCCAGGACCCACCCUCCUGGGUAGAUUUUGGGUAUUGGUUGGGUGAGGGUGUUCGUUCCUUGGCAGUUCUGAAGUAGAGCUGUCUGCUGGGGUAACAGUGUGUACUUCCAAAUAAACUGAGAAACCUUUUGUUGACUUUUGUGUCUGGGGAGA